AUGGAAGCAAGUGCAUGAGUGGAGGCGGAAGCUGCUUUUAGUGGAAUGUUUUGUGAAAUAUUUCUGCCGCAGCGGAGCCACUCUUGCAAGACACGUGCAGUAUAAGAUCCCCCACGAACACAACUUGCACGCUCCGGCUUCACUGGCCAACGGUGGAACUAUUUUGGAGACCUCACAGGCAAGAAACUAUAGCAGGAAAGGAAAUAACGGUUGAGGGCAUAUCAUUACAGACAUGGUUCCAGUGCUUGGAUACAGCAGCGCAAGGGGCCUGGCCCAGAGCAUUCGAAACCUAUUGACCUACAAGGGUGUGGACUUUGAAGACAGGAGAUACAAAUACGGACCAGCUCCAAAUUUCGAGAAGCCAGAAUGGACCAAAGAGAAGGACUCACUGGGCUUGCAGUUUCCCAACCUUCCCUACCUCAUCGACGACGACGUGAAGAUCACUCAGUCGAUCGCCAUACUCCGCUACCUCGGCAAGAAGCACGAUUUGGCUGCAAGAUCUCCUCAAGAAACGUUGAAGUUGGAUUUUUUGGAGCAGCAGGCCAAUGACCUCAUGUGGGGCCUGAUCAUUGCGGCCAUGAGUCCCAACUUCAACGAAGCUAAGAAGUUUCACGAGGCUAGCUUGGUCUCCUCCUUGAACGUCUGGUCGGAGCAUCUGCGCUCGCACAAGUGGGCUCUUGGCGAUCGCCUCACAUACGUGGAUUUUCUGCUCUACGAAGGCCUGGACUGGAACCGUCAAUUCAAGCCGGAUGCCUUCCUGGUUCAUCCCCCGAUUCUCGAUUACUUGAAGCGGUUCGAGGAAUUGCCCAACAUCAAGGAGUACUUCGCAUCCAGCAAAUUCUCCAAGUGGCCCAUCCUAGCCCCCAACUUCAACUGGGGAUUCAAGAAAGAAUAAAGUUCCGCGCGUUCUCGGUCAAACAAA